AUAACUUCCGGUCGUGACGUCAUAUACUUCUGCAUGCUGCGGAGUGUUAACACAGUUAAAGCAGUGCGAUCAGGCGUGUAACCCGUCUGCUUGGUCACAAUGGGAAUUUUGGAAAAAAUCGCAGAAAUUGAGAGAGAAAUCUCUCGAACUCAGAAAAACAAAGCCACUGAGUACCAUCUAGGCUUGCUGAAGGCCAAAUUAGCUAAGUACAGAGCUCAGUUACUGGAGCCCUCUAAGUCAGCAGGGGCCAAAGGAGAGGGCUUUGAUGUCAUGAAAUCUGGAGAUGCUCGUGUUGCACUCAUUGGUUUCCCUUCUGUAGGUAAGUCCACCUUCCUCAGUUUGAUGACGUCAACAGCCAGUGAAGCAGCCUCCUAUGAGUUUACCACCCUCACCUGUAUACCUGGUGUCAUAGAGUACAAAGGGGCCAACAUCCAACUGUUAGACUUGCCGGGAAUCAUUGAGGGUGCCGCACAAGGUAAGGGUAGAGGACGCCAGGUAAUUGCUGUUGCGAGGACAGCAGACGUUGUCAUCAUGAUGUUGGAUGCCACCAAGGGAGACGUUCAGAGAGAACUUCUAGAAAAAGAGUUGGAAUCGGUGGGCAUCAGACUCAACAAAACGAAACCGAAUAUUUAUUUUAAGCCCAAGAAAGGUGGGGGCCUCUCUUACAAUUCCACGGUUCCUCUCACCCACUGCUCAGAGAAGCUUGUUCAACUCAUACUUCAUGAAUACAAAAUUUUCAACGCAGAGGUUCUCUUUAGGGAGGACAGCACACCAGAUGAGUUCAUCGAUGUCAUAGUUGGAAACAGAGUUUACAUGCCUUGCCUAUAUGUGUACAACAAAGUGGAUCAGAUCUCCAUGGAGGAGGUGGACCGCCUGGCUCGCAGACCCCACAGCGUUGUCAUCAGUUGUGGGAUGAAGCUGAACCUGGACUAUCUCCUGGAGAUGCUGUGGGAAUAUCUGGCUUUGAUUUGCAUUUACACCAAGAAGAGAGGAGAGCGCCCAGACUUCAGUGACGCUAUCAUUAUGAGAAGAGGAGCAUCUGUCGAACAUGUGUGCCAUCGAAUCCAUAGAACUUUAGCUAGCCAAUUCAAAUAUGCCUUGGUUUGGGGCACUAGCACCAAGUACAGCCCUCAAAGAGUGGGGCUACUGCACAUAAUGGAGCAUGAGGAUGUCAUCCAGAUUGUGAAGAAAUAAAACAAGCCUUCUUAUGUGACAGAGGGGAGACGGAGCAGAUGGGGGUCACACUCUUGUCAAAAGGCAAAUUGCCAAUACGCAAAAAAGUACAUCUAUUCAAAAGCCCAUUGUACAGUAGAUAUACAAAAUUAAAGCCACAUUAAUUCUUAUUUUGUAUAUGAAAUAAUACAAAAACAACUAAACAAAUUCAGAUAUUGACCAUAUGUGUUUUUGUUGUGAACAGGAAAUAUUUUACCUUAAGAUAUGGAAGAUGCAUUGAUUCAGUUGAGAGAGCGAGAGAGAG